ACUUCGAGUGAGCCAAACUAGCAUUGCAUUUGUACAGCGACAACAGCGAGUUUAGUAUUCGUCGUCUGUUCGUUUAGUUUGGAUGUUGUGUAAAAUAACUUCGCUUCUCGUCGCUCGGUUUAUAAUUUUCUUCCACAAUUUUCUAUCACUAAAAUAUGAUUUUGUGAAAAUUAUGUAUUUAUAAUUUUUAAACGAUGCUAACACGUGCACGCGUGUGUGUGUGUUUGUGUGUUACUCUACUCUCGGCUUUCGGCUCUCCACAUCAGACUGCAUUUGUUACUUGAGGAAAAUUAAAAUUUCUAUUAGAAAUACCGUUUGAAGAGUUUCUUCAACAGCAUGAAAUUUGUGUAUUUUAGCAACAAAGCGUAUGUUGGUUGCACAGUCGUAUAUUGACAGCUGUCACCUGUCGCGUAGUGUCGUCGAAAUUGUCAGUGUCGCAGCUGCUGCUAACAGCCACAACAGGCCAACAUCGAAGUUGCCUCGCGUAAGAAUUUUUGCAAUUGUUGCAUAUUUGCCGGCAAUACAACAUAUAUUUGUACAUACACGUAUACAUAUAUAUAUAUGUAGUAAUCAGUCAAAUACUCAUCACUGCUGUCUACCGACCGCACAGACCCCCUCGACGUAUGUACAUGUAUGUAUGUAUAUAAUACAUAAAUACAUACAAUAAGUGCAUAAUUACAUAAAAUAGUGAACGUCAGCUGGGCACUGCACUUUUUACGUGUUACCCUCCCCCUUUUUGGUGUGCUACAUUACUGCUCUGCAUAAGUGACGCUUCAUUUUUUGUGCGCCUCUCUCCAAGUGUAUACGUAUGCAUGUGUGCCUCUGUUUGACAGUUCGUUGUACUUCAUUUUUUUUUAUUUUUGUGUUGCAGUUGUUGAAUUUAUUACAUAUGAAAAAUGAGAAUUAAAAAAAUAUACAUAUGUAUGUGUGUAUUUAGUUUGUACCUACAUAAAUGGGUAUAAAAUAUACGAGCAAAAAAAAAAAUAAUAACUUACAACGUGUACGCGAAUAAAUUCAUUAUAAUUCAUCAACAUCAAGUGAAUGACAACGAAAACGGACGACGAAUAAAAAGUUAAUUGUUGCAAAUUCGCCGGCAUUGCGUACACGCAGCUGCCCUUUUUACAUGCAUAUUUUAGUGCAUGCAUAUAUGUGAAUACAUACUUACCUAUGUACAUACAACGGUGAUGUUGUUAUUGCUGGCAUAAAAGUCGAAAGCUACUAGCCCAAAGGUCGAAGUAUUGCUCGUCAGUUGCUUGUGUUCCUCUUAUCAGCACGCAAAUGGAGUGAAUUUAAAUUGGAAGUUUGUGGCAUACAACUAAAGUCGUAAUAAGCAUUACAAAAUUAUCGAAAAAAUUUUGAAGUUGAAAUUUUGCAUUAAAUUGUAAAUGUGUCGAAUUGUGUAUAUGAUCAGCGUGAAUUAUUAUAAAAGUGCGAAAUAAUCAAUCUACAAGUGCACAUACAUAUGUACAUGCAAAUACCGCUCAGUAUUUCAGUAAAAAAUAAAUAACAGAAUUUAUAUGCAAUAAGAAAUACAGCUUUAAAAUUUGCAUUAAAAAGUGUAUUUAAAAAAUAUUUACGCUGAAAUUUUUGUGGCUAAAACCUUACAUUCCAAAGAAAUUUAAUGAAAUUUAUUAACAAAGUGAAAGGCGACGUUUUAUAAGUGUUAAUAAUUUGAAGAGUCGCGGAGGCGUACAAGCAGUCACAAGUGUUUUCUUUUUAUCGCGCUGCACAAGCCACAACAAAGUUAAAGAAAUACGAGCUGCCACGGCCACAAGCACAAAGUGAGGGAAGGGAGCGAAUGAGCGAGUCGAGACGUGUGUGUAAAUAAAGACGCAGUCAAAAUAAUAUGAUUUUUUUUCUUCACAAAAAAUAUAAAUAAUAAUAAUAAUAAUAAUCAUACGCAAAUAAAUCAACUGAGUGUAGAGAAAAGCGCAGAACUCCAAUUUCAACAGCUGGUUAUUGCUGAAUUUGAUAUUCUGCCACGAGUAGUAAAGCCCAGCAGCACGAGCAGUCAGUAAAGUGGUUGGCAACGCGCCCGUUAGUUCACUUGUACGAGUACACGCUGCAAUUUAUUUAUUGUUUUUUUUUUCACUCUUCGCAAGUCGGUUCUCGCUAGUGUAAAUGAUGCAAAAAGGCAUAAAAUAUAAAAGCAAAAAAUUAAAAAAUUCAAAUUAGGCAAUUUGUACUUGAAAAAAAAAGAAUAGCGAACGAGUGUAAAGCGUGUAAUUGAAUUCGUGCCUAAGCGAGAUGAGAAAGAUGUUUUUUUGAGCAAAAAACAAAAGAAAAAACAACGAUGAGAUGAGCACUGAACUCCACAGCAUGUUCUCAGCAUAAUUUUUUACACUAAAAAAAAAUUAAAUAAAUUUAAAAAAAAUAUCUAACUUCCUAUUCGUUACACCAACAACUCGAGCGAGCUGUGCAGAUUAAGCGCAUGGAACUUAUUUCGUGAUUCGCUACGUGAUUAUGCACUACACUGCACAACAACAACAACGCAACCCAACGAAGAAGAACAUAGUUGCCAGUUAGAGCGCUACGUGUAAUAAUUGCGCUUUAGACGCGGCAGAAAUUUAGUAGAAAACUAAUUUUUUCGUACACCCUUUUCCCGCACUAGCACCAGAGGGAAAGCGAGUUGCGCGCGAGAAACGAAAAAUUGAAAAUCUUCAAACAGAAAAAAAGCAAAAUAGAAAAAUAGGAAAAGAAAAAAACCCAAUAAGCAGAGAAAUUAAGAAAAUUGAAUUGGUAACAGCGUAUAAUUGGCUAAAACUGCCGACUCUCGAGCGGAAAAUCAAACAGUCAGUAAGGCGGCACGGCGCAACAGGCAACAGGCAACAGUUCAUCCGGCAACUCAUCCAGCACCAGCACGAUGUUGGCCGGCAUACGGAAACGUUUAGCGCGCAAAACGCUAGAUAUCAAAGAAGAGGAUGAUGAUAAAGACGAUAUACAGGCAUUUUCGCCACCAACGAAUUAUAUAACAAUAUCUCAAGGGAAAAUUCAGCUGGUACACCAACAACGAUCACAGGAGAGUGAUAUUUCCGAUGCGCAAAAUAGAAAGGAUCGGGAGGUACUGGAAAAUCGGAUUGUCGAACUCGAAGAAGCGCUUUCCCUACUCCAGGAAAGAUUUAAUAAUAGUCAUUGUGUGUCGCCAACGUUCGAGAAGGAACUACGCGAGCAAUUGGAUAACAUGAAUCGUGUGAUAAAGUCGAAGGAGCGCAAACAAAAACCAACAUGUCCAGGGCACAAAACGCUGCAGACCCGCAUUACCCACCAAGAGACCCUCCUGCGUUCCAUGCAACAAGAGAAUUACACACUCAAGCGCAGUAUACGUCAUUACGAACGCUGUCUGGACGAUGUAAUGCGUAAAGUAGUGGAUGCGAUUGUCGCAGAAGAUAUACUCCGUGAAGAGGUGACUAUGCUUAAGAAUCGAGUACGUGAUUUGGAGGCACAAAACGCAGCACUCUCAGCCAGUCCGGCGAAGGGACGUGAUGAGGGUUACUGUACGAUGAGUAGUGGACAACCCCAGCCAUCGAAUGGGCAUCUGGAAGACUUGCCAGAAGAGCCCGAACAAUGGCUAUUGCCAGCCGAACCGUGUUCGACGGAAAUGGAAGACUGGAGCAUGUCACAGGAAGAGUUGCCGGUCGUGACACUGGACGAUGAUCAGCAACGUUUACGCAGUGGGCUUUUAUUAAAUAAUUUGAGAAGACAAAAUGGUGAAAAUGAGUGGAUAUGGAAUUCGAAUGAUUUUCUAACAUCAACCACUGCGGAAACGGAUUCAGAGUCGGAGGCGAUAUCACAACUGUUACAACAGAAGAUCGUCUACUCCGAGGAUGAGGACAUAGCGCGUACCGAGUUCACUAACGAAUUUUACAAACUCGUCGAUAUACGUUCCGCCUCAGCGCGCAGUCUCUUCUCAUACAUCGAAGGCGAAACCGACGACGAAGAUGACGAUGAAGAGGAUGAAGCGUCUAGUUUAUCAGAGCGACGUAUACGCCUACGCUGCAAAACAGCGCUGAAUGGCAACAGCAGACUGAAAGCGCCCAGCCCGACGCCAAGCGAAGCGGGACGUGCACAAGUAACAAGUUGCUCAUCCAGCGAAUCGGACGAACAAACGCGUUCUACAACAACGCAACACGAACUGAACGGCAGUACAAUCGCGGGCGGCAUCGAAGAGGAGAUGGACACACAGUUGUGUGGCAACGAAAGUAGUGAUAUUGAAAUUGAAGAUAUGCAACUGGAACCCGAAGUAUUGCACAAGCUAAACGAACAAGAAUGUAUUGAAGCGAUUAUACGCACGGAACUACGUAGGCCUAUCGCCAAUGUUGGACCGAUGCAACCUAUGGUUAAGUCAAAAUCUAUGAUGCACAAAACCGAAGACGAACUGAAUGGUCUGAAUGAUGCAAGCUUGAAUGACAAUCGCGUAAGACCGCCACGUGUGCUGCGCAGCGAGAGUGUUAACGGUCCGGUCGUUGGCGGUAACGGUAAUGGUGGAAGUGCUGCUGGUUUUGGUGUGAGUCGCGGUGGUUCUGCGAGUGCGCAGAAGUUACAGGAACGUCUGCAACAACGUCCAGCUAACUCAUGGCGCAAAAGUAGUGGCUGGAAGCGUGUACCCACGACACCGACUAGUUCGCCAACAGCGCCGUUGUCACCGAAAAAGGAAAUGAAAACGGAGAUUAUGCGCAAUUGCGUUAAUGGCUUGCCGAAAAUACCACCAACGCGUAUACCAACUAGCGUACAACAACAACAACAGUCGCCGCCAUCACCAAAACAACACCAAAGCACACCAACGUCAUUUGGCGAGGCGCAAUCGCAGCAGCAACAACAGCAAAUACGAAAAUCAAAAAUUCCUCCACCAGUUCCCGUGCGACGUUCUUAUGCGAGCUAAGAGUAGAAAAGCAAGAAAAAAAAACAAACAAAAACGAAAACAAAAAACAUUGUAAAUUUCAUAAAUUUAAGUAUCAACAAGUGAAAAAGUUGAGUAUGUUAUAUAACAAUGUACACACCGUUAAGGUUGCAAAGCCAACCCAAAAGUUAAUUAAUUUAAGCAAAAUUCUAUAAAAAAAAGACUUAUAUGUGAUAUUUGAGCGAAGUAAUUGUACGCAAAAUGUAGUUGUAAAAAUCAUAAAUAAAACAGGCGAAAUGUUGUUGUAUAAAAACGGUAGAACUAACACAAAAAAAAAAUAAAAUUAAAAAAAUAACACCAAAAGCGAAACUAACUGGCUACUCUACGAAAAAGAUAAAAAAAAAACUAGAAACUAAAUUAAAAUUAACAAAUUAAUAAUGAUCGCAUACUUU